AUGGAGGCGCUUGGGGCUGCCGCUAGUGUCCUGGCUCUUGCCCAAGUUAUUGGGAAGAUUGCCAAAUUGCUUGACAAAGUCGGCCGCGCACAAGAAAAGUGGAAACAAUAUCAUCAAGAACUUAUCCUUAUUCAAACACUGGUGUCAACUGUCGAUAUCUUGUGGAAGGAAGUUGAGGGGCCAAACGGCCCUACUAUCAACGUCAAUGGCAGACAAACAAGUCUCAUUGGCUAUUGUCAGGAGAGCAUCUAA